CUGAAUCUAGCGAUGUAAACAAGAACGCAAAAGACAAGUCUCACAGUGUUGACAGCACCACGGGCAUUUAGAGCGUCGUAUCCCCUCAUCAAACGCUUCCGUUGACUCUGGCUCACAGACAUGAACCUCCCCGUCACUGUCAAAGUGAACUUUAGGGGCAACGUGAAGAAAUUUCCAGUCUUGGACACGAACAAAGCACAGUGGGAGACUGUGGAGGCCUGGAUUAAAACUACUUUCGGCUUGAGCCAUUUUCAAGUGAAAUAUUUUGACGAGGACAACGAAGAGGUGUGCAUAAACAGUCAAGAUGAAUAUACAGAAGCUCUAAAGAGUGCGUUUAAACAAGCCAACCAGCUCCACAUGAAUGUCUAUAAGAUGAAGGGUCAGGCAGAGGGUGGUGCAGUUAAGGCAGAGCUGAAGGAACUAAAGAUAGACCCCAGACCAGCUCCGCCAUAUCGAGCUAGGGUCAAGAUGGCAGACAAAGAGACCCAGGUGACCCCCGAGCGGGAAUCGGCUGUGGCCAAAGAAAACAAAGGGAUGAAAACUGAAGAAGAAGCAGUCCCCACUUGGUUUAAAUCCUACAUGGACAGGUUCAAAGACCAAGUGGUAAGGGAGGUGGUGGACAGGAUGUGCAGUGAGUUUUCUGGCCAGUGUUGCACACACAGAGCCUCAGAUCCUCCUGCAGAGGAACCAAGCACCUCUGGCACACAGAAACCAGUCAGCUCCACCACACUGAGGGCCUCUAGCUCAACUCCAAAUUGCAGUAGUUGCAAAGGACCAGCCACUGGGGGAGGAUAUCAGUGCAGUGUUUGUCCAUCUUGCAUCUUAUGCGAGCCAUGCAGUCAUAAACACGAUCCCAGCCACAACCUAAAGAGAACAAGGACUCCUCUGUCUGUCCCUGAACGUGGAGUUACCCCUGAACCCAGGUUUCUGAGGCGGGGUGACAGGACGGUGAGAAAGGCGGAGAGGCAGCGUCUAAAAGCAGAGCGGAGGCAGCUGAAGGCUGAGGUGAAGGAGAUCAAGAAGAAGCUGAGGCUGGAGAAGAGAGGUCUGCUGUGGAGUGGAGCCUCCAACGGGACCAGCACCUCAGGCCUUGCCCCCGCUCCCGCCCCGUCUCUAGGUGCAGGACCAGCCCCAGCUCCGGCCCUGUGCCCAGACCCUCAAACUUCCAGUCCAGAGGGUCCCAAGGUCUCCGGCUCCACCUUGGUGCCCACAAUGACUGCCUUGUUUCUGGAUGAGAAUCUACCAGAUGGCACUUGUCUGGAGCCAGGCACCAAGUUCAUCAAGUACUGGAAGAUGAGGAACACUGGCAACAUCAGCUGGACUUCCGACACUAAGUUGAAGUUCAUGUGGGGCAACCUGACCCUGGGAUCACGAGAGCAUAAAGAGGUCGCAGUGCCCUUUCUGCAGCCGGGGCAGGUUGGCGUGGUGAGUGUGGCGUUUGUGGCACCCCUGCUGGAGGGCACCUACACGUCUCACUGGCGCCUGGCACAUUGUGGUGUGCAGUUUGGGCCCAGAGUGUGGUGUAGCAUUGUGGUGGUGCCAAGCACAGGGCAGAAACCCAGCAUCCACUGCAGCAAAUCACUGCGGACUGAUCUGUGUCUAAUGGGGAAAGACGGCAUGUUCUGGUCAGGCACCAGAGACUGUGAAGUGUCGGCCAGCUCCAGAAGAGAAUACUGCAUCCCCUCUGUUGACUUGCUGACAGCACAGGAUCUGCUGUCCUUUGAGUUACUGGAUAUAAACAUUGUGCAAGAAUUGGAGAAAGUCCCAGCCAAUGCUCCAUCUGAUAUGACCUCCUGUGUAUCUCCAACUCUUCACCAUGGAGCUUUGUUUGGGAAGCACGGAACAGGACAAAGCAAAGUCGAAGUUGGACGUUCAUGCAGGAAGAAAAUUCAAGUCCUGCAGCCUCAGAGACAAAACGAGCUUCUGGAUGUUCCAGGCAAUGAGGAAGGAGACGAAGACAUCAGUGGCACUCAGUUUGUGUGUGAGACUGUGAUUCGCUCUCUGACUCUUGAGGAGGAACCAGAACGCAAACCUCAACGCAGAGCACGGCCCAGCCUGAGGAGGCAUGAUGUUCCAGAUCCUGUUCGCUUAAAGGAGAGAUCAGUGCCGGUGAAGAAUGACAGACCAGUCAUAAACAGGCCUGAGGCUCCAGUUCCUGUGUCAAAGCCAAUCAUAACAGAUGAACCUGUCUUUCCAGUUUUUACAGAGGCAUUGAUUGGCUCAAAUGAAAACCUCUACACCGACCCAGCUGCACAGGAGGAGAAUGAAGAGGAAGCGGAACAAAAGGGACGUGAAAAUGAGCAAGAAAAAGAGGAAGAAGCAGGAGAGUGGGAUGAGGUGAGCAGCCAGGUGUCCUCUGCCUCAUCUGAGGACUACAUUGUCAUCCUGCCUGACUGCUUCGAUACUUCCAGGCCCCUGGGAGAAUCGAUGUAUAGCUCUGCAAUGUCCCAGGCUGCAGUACCUCUUGCCAAUGGGCCAGAGGCACCGCAAAACCCAAGCACGGCUGAAGGAGAGAAUGAAGAGCCAAGCCCUGUCGCAGUUCUUCAGAACAGCCUGAACCGGAUGCUGUCCACCUCUCAGAUACUGGACACUCCUCCUCUGAUUCCAGAGAUGGUUCCUGUGCCUGUCGCUCUGUCACCACCCCCGUCUCUCCGAACACACAGAUUAGUGAGAUCUCAUGAUGUUGAGUCAGAACCAGGGGAUGAGAACACCUCAUGCCAACCCGAGGAUGACUCAAGCGGUUGCAGAUCAGCUCAUUUAGAGGCCCCUGUUAGUGCCUUUGAGACCUGUGGCCCCCAGGAUCCCCGGGCACGUAAUGGUGGUCUGACGGAGGGGCUGGUGAAGGGAGCUCUGUCUGUAGCUGCUUCUGCUUAUAAAGCACUGUUCACAGGCCAGAGCACACCUGCACAGCGGCCUGAAGUGGACCCAGCCUGUGAAGACGCCUCAUUAAUGGCUGUAUUACAGGAGAUGGGCUUCAGCAACCAGCCGCUCAACCAGAGGCUGCUGAGAAAGCAUCACUACAACUUACUUGAUGUGGUCAACGAGCUGGUGCAGUUGACCGACAGCGAAUGGCACAUCUCAAGACAUUAGGAAGCACCGCCGCGACCUCAACGACGUGUAAGAAUUGUAAAUGAUUUCAUUGUGUUGCAGCUUUCUGUCAGAACAGGAGAAACACAGCUGAUGUUUAUUUGUUAGAGAGUCUGGAGAAGAAAAAGAGAGAACUAUAUCACUAUAACUGACAGUAGCUGCAAUGAUGCAAUUACUUGAUUGUAAACUUUUAGUUUCAUGUUUGUAGGACAUUAUGAAUGGGGAAAAUACACAAGGUUUAUCAAAGGGAAAUUUCACCAUUUAAAAAAGGACAUUUUCUUCACUUACUCAGCUUGAUUCAGACUCUUUUCAGAUUCUUAUUUCUGUUGGGACACAAAAGAAGAUACUUUGAAGAGUGUUGAAAUUCAGUAGUCGUUUGCUCCCAUAGUAUAUAUAUUUUUUUCAAUGGCCAACAUUCUUUAAAAUACCUUCUUUUGUGUUCAACAAAAGAAAGAAACUUGUAAAGGUUUGGAACCACUUGAGGGUGAGUGAAUAGUGAGUAAAUGUUCAUUUUUUGGUGAACUGUCCCUCUUUAAGCAGUCUUAACGCUACCUUUAUUCAGUGCGUGUGCCCUACUAACCUGUUAGGUAGGCUUCAGGUAAAUUUUGUACUGCUUGAUUAGAUAUGAUGAUUAAUUUGAAACAAUACCAGAGGGUUUCGGUUUGUUUGAGCACUUUUGCCUCUUGGAGGAAAGCUAUAUAAAGAACAGCCUGUGUUGAUUUUGUUAUUUGUCACGGUGACCUUUAUAUUUGUAUAUCUUAUUUUAAAUCACACUACUUCAUGCGUCACACUAAGGUAUUGGGCUGCCAAACUUAUAGGAAUGUGCAAUGAGUUUUUCAGUCAUGCUUAACACAACGAUUGAUUGAUUGAUUGAUUGAUUGAUUGAUUGAUUGAUUGAUUGAUUGAUUGAUUGAUUGGUCAAAGAUUUUGCUAUAGGCACCAAUUUUGGUCAUCUUUGUCAUUUUCAUGUGCAAUGUAUUAUUAUGAACUGAAGGCUUAUCAACAUGGCUUUUGUGUCCAACACAGUGAAUAAAAACAUUCCAUUAUCAUU